AAGAUAGUCAAAAUUAACUUUGAAUUGAAUCCGAUGAAUGAGAUAAGACAGGUUAGUAGGGGCAAUAUAAUAAAAAAAAUAUAAAUUAAACCAUUUUAUUUUAAGAUAAAUGGACCUGCAAAUACAAUAGCCCAUCAAACAAAAAAACUCUAUUCCGAUAAAGCCCAAGCCCAUACCGAAAAGACACCAAAUUUUGACAGGUAUUGGCGCGGCAAUUUGUCCCGCGAAGGGGCGUGUUCCCGCCACCGCCAUGACGACCUCCUCUUUCACAUUCCUAUUUAAUUAACAAACACACCCAUUGUUCCCGCCAUCACCACCUUCUCUCUCUGGCAUUUCUACUUCACAAACAAUGGCACUUUCUCUUGGCCCCGGCAAGUUCUACGGCACCAGCCUCCCACGUCCUCGCAUCUACACCGACGUCAAGUUCAACGACCACCGCGUCGACCCACCUACUCCCGUCAACGAACCCCUAAUGUCCUGGGCCGAAGAGGCCCACUGGUCCAUGGGUGGCCUCAGCUCCAAGCGCCUCCGCCUCCAGGGCAAAAUCGAAGGCAACGUCCAAAAGCUCCGCUCCCAGCGCGAGAAGUCCCAGGCCCAGGCCCAGGCCCAAAGCCCAACCCCAUCGCCUCCUCCCGAUCUCCGCGGAUCCAAAAGAGUUGCCUCGCCUUCUCCACCACCGGCUCCGGUUGUGGCGAAACACCGAAGGUUCAUGGAUCUGAUAGAGGAAGAUGAGGUUGUAGUUGGGAAGGGUCGCUUAGUGAAGAAACUUGGCGAUGAAUUUGAUAGGGUGGCUUCGGAGAAGGAGCGGUCUGAUGCGACGCCGUUCAAGACUCGGACUCGGAGAUUGGUAAAAGGCGGCGAACCUGUGAAGAAGACGCUGCUUCAAGAAACAGAGAAAUCCAAGGGAAAGAGGAGUAGAUCUGAAGCAGAGAACGGGGUUAGAACUUCACCUAGAUUGGCUAAGCGCGUCUCCAACUAAUCAUCUUCUAAUUACGUAUUAGAUGAGAUUAAGAUGCAUGAAAUUCAUCUUCUUUAUAUUCAGAGGACAAAUCAAAUAGAGAAUUUGAUAUAUUACUGUUUAUAUACCGUUUCGAUUCAUAAAAUGUCUUUUCUUUUACUUUUUUAUUUUUA